AUGGAACCGCUCUCUUCAAGUUCUUCCUCUCUGUAUAUGACCAGCCUCAUUUUGCUUGUGAUUUGCAGAGGCACUUCAGGGGCUACAUUUACGUUAAUAAACCGGUGUGACUACUUAGUGUGGCCCGGAAUUCUAGCCAAUGCAGGUAGCACCAAGUUGGAUAGUACCGGGUUUGAACUCCCACCGGGUGGGUCUAAGUCCUUCCAAGCUCCAUCAGGCUGGUCAGGGCGGUUCUGGGGCAGAACUGGUUGUUCUUUCGACAUGAAUACGGGGCAAGGAAGCUGCGCCACCGCUGAUUGUGGCUCCAACCAGUUAGAGUGCAAUGGUGCCGGAGCCACCCCACCGGCAACUUUAGCCGAAUUCACAAUCGGGUCGGGUACCGACUCCCAUAACCAGGACUUCUAUGAUGUCAGCCUGGUUGAUGGGUACAACUUGCCAAUGAUUGUUGAAGCAAAUGGUGGGUCGGGUAUGUGCGCGUCAACAGGGUGUGUGACCGACUUGAACCGGAUGUGCCCGUCAGAGUUACGGGUUGGUGAUGGCCAGGCAUGCAAGAGUGCAUGUGAAGCGUUUGGAAGUCCAGAAUACUGUUGCAGCGGCGCAUAUGGUUCACCCGCCACCUGUAAGCCGUCCGUUUACUCGGAAGUGUUUAAAUCGGCAUGUCCGAGAUCAUAUAGCUAUGCCUACGAUGAUGCCACAAGUACCUUUACGUGUACUGGGGCUGAUUAUACGAUUACAUUCUGCCCUUCAUUACCAAGCCAGAAAUCUUCAAGAGAUUCUCCAAUGUCAAUGACAACAGGAACAACAGAUGGGUCAGGAUCCGGAUCACAACAAGAGAACCCAACGUCACUCACCUCAUGGUUACCCAGCUUUGUCACCGGAGACUCAUCGACGAUCACUUCACAUUUUGCCAUGCAAUUCACACUGAUUGCUUCUCUAAUCCUCUUUUAUACCCUCUCGUUUCUUCAUUUCUAGUCACCUUCUCUCCGGAAAAGCACGUGCCUCAGCUUUUGGUGACUUGACGCUCACUUCACGGGGAAGGGUGGUACUGGUAGCCACGGCCAGAUUGUAUAGCACAAUUUUCCGUGCCAGAUGUAUAUAUUAGUUAUUUUUGGUUGGAAGCAUA